GGUAUGUCAUGCAUUUUGUAGUAACCACACAAGUCACGUGUGGUUUUCUUUCUUUCAGCCCACUUCUUUGGAUACUCUAGAAAUCCUCCUCAUGUACUUCUCCCAUGAUCCAGCAGGGAGCGUCAAAGUGUUGAAAGUGAGAGAAAAGCGUCAGAGCAGAAGGGAUGCUCAGCCAGGUGUCGGCUGCAGCAUCAGCACCGCUCCUCCUCCUCUUCCUCCUCCUCCUCCUCCUCCUCUCCGCAUUACCUCUCUCUCUCUCUCUCUCUCUCUCUCUCUCUCCGUGCAUCCACGGAAAAUGAAGAGGGGAGUGGAGGAAAAAAACGCGCUUGUGUUUUGUUUUGCAGCUCCUGCAUUCUGACCGACAUUCUUCAGUGAAUCAACACUGUAGAGAAACCAGGAGACUGAAGAGACAUCCACCUCCCUGAAAAACCUUCAAAUAUAGCUUUGUUAAAUCACAGUAAAUGCAAGAUACGUCGUGAGUUGCAGUAAAACAGAUUUCAUGAGAUGACAUUUUGUCCCUGGAUUAUUAAACUGAAUGGCCAUCAUCACGUAGACCCUGAAGAGGAAAGACAGAGAAGGAAGCAACUCCAGUAACUCCAUAAAUGGCCUCAGCACCCUGCAGGUUUAUUUGAGUGUGCCUACAAAUAUCAGUCGGACAUGAGCGUUCCAAGUAGUUACCAGGGACUAAGGGUCAAUGUUGACAGAGGAGAAAAGAUUGGAAGUAAAACCCAGAUCCAGUUCAGUCAGUCUGGGGAUGAUAACGCAAAUCAAUUGUCUUCAAUCAGUAACCAAGAAGACAGAGAUUCGAUUGAGGACUCGGGGUACAGCGCAAGCUCCAUUCCUCCUUUAGUUUCUCAGACUGAAUCCCCAGACAAGUUAGUAAUCUGGGGCUCAGAACAGCAAUGCAUGGAGCCUGAGCUCAGACAGUUUGAGAUUUUGGAUCGUCAGGAGAUACACACAUUCUUGGGAAACAGGAAUCAGGAGGAAAAUGAGGAGGAAGACGAUGGGGGAAGUCUGAGAGAUGAAAAAGAUGAAGGUCCCAUGUCCAUUUCCUCCAGUUCAACUGCCAGCUCUGCUUCGACUGGCGUGCGGAGAAAUGACAAUGACAGCAACAAAGUGGAGAGCAGAAUACAGAGGGGCAAAGAGGUGCAGAAACGAAUCGGCUGUCAUAGCACUGAAGAGCUUGACACACGUGUGACAAGCUCAAUAGAGAAAAGGGACACCAGGUCAGGCAGGGAGAAACGAAAGGGAGGUCUGACGGAGUCCAAGUCUGAGACAAACGUGUUUGUCUCCAGUCUGUCAGCUGUAACUCUCAGUGGAAGCUUGUCUAGUGCUCUGGACAGUAGUGGAGAAGCAACUCUCAUCUCUAUGUCCAAGACCAACCCUUAUCCCAAUGCCAACAACACUACCUCAGCCCAUACCAGAAGAAGGGAAGCCCCUGUGGUUACCAGUCAGAACUCCCCACCAAUGCAUCUUCAACAGAAACAUGCUUGUCCUCAAUACUGCAGCCAGGAUCAGAGACACGAGGAGGGAAGUCAUCACAGAAAUGGAUUGUCCUCUGAUGGAGGGGUGGGCCAAAGGAGAAAGGCUGGAUUUGAUGACAGAGUUCUGCCCCCACGACGGCAACAGCUCGUCAGGCCCCUCUGUCAGACAGAGAUGGGAAGAUCGAGGAGCUUAGCAGAGACCCAUUCUCAUCAAACCGACACAGGGACACCCUCGACCCUUCACCAUUCUCCAGAUCCACACAGUAAUGGGUCAAACAGAAAGUUUACAAAAUCAUCUUUACGUGAACCAUCAGAUUUCUCACAUCUCUACAACACAUCCGGUGUCUCCCAGCUUCAACAGCCCAGCCAGGCAUCCGACAGGGAGGCUCCACCAGUGGAAAGACAGCAGGCCACAACUGUACGGCAUAACUCCAGUCCAUCAAACCCUUCCACCUUAGAGAAGAGACCCCAGACUCAGCUUACAUACAGAAGAAACUGCUCCAGUCCCAACAGGACUGGGGUCGACUCCAGGUCAUCUACCCCUCCCCACUCCCCUCUCAGGACACCCCAGGGCUCACCACGCAGGCAACCCUCCAUGUACCUCAUUUCCAGGAAUGUCCCUGGAGUGGUUCGACACAUCCCAUCGGGAUGCAACCCUGCUGUACCAACAUCAGCUCAGGGCUAUGGCAACAGUUGCUUGAGAGCACCAGUCAAAACUAAUAUAAGCACAAGUGGAAUCCCUAAAGCGCCUCUUCACAACCAGCAGAGCUCCCCCAACUCUAGCCACAACUCCCCCAAAGAGAGCUCCCCGUCACCCAAACUGAAGCCUAAAGGAGUUCGCCCUAAAAUCAUUACCUAUGUCCGAAAGAAUCCUCAGUUUAAACCCCAGGCUUCUGACGGUCCUUAUCAGGUAUCUUCUCUACCAUCCAGGCUCUCCACCUACCCCCACAGCCAAACACCCACAUCUUUCAAAGACACACCUAAAGACCCCUCCAAGCCUGACGCAGAAUCCAGAGGAGCCCCAGUACUUAGUGCCUCGAAUCUGCUUUAUGACAAGUACCGCCAAGAGAUGCAAGUGAACAGUUUUCCAUCAGGAAUGAUGAGCAGGAAUAUCAGGGCUCCUGGACACACAAACACUGUCCCCCCGACACAUACACACAGCCACACUGCACCCCCAAAACUGGCCAGCAAAGCAGACAACUUCUACGGGACACCGUCAGAGGUGGGAAGAUCCACUAGUUUUAAAGGGAGCUCCCCUGAGGACGCUCUUCAGUCAAGGACGGCUGCUCAGGCCGGAGGGAGCGGCAGCCUCCUGCGCUCUGGCCGAGGUCUGCGUCUGGGCCUCGGAGCUGUCACCAGGACGACUACAGGCUCAGCCAAGGGCAGAGGACCGGGUCAAGGUCAGAGGUCAACACUGGUCUUCAGCCAGCCAGUCCAACCUGUCAGUCCAGCGACCAGUCAGAAAGGCCAAGAUAACACUGAUGACCAGGUCUUCAUCCACCAUGCCCCCGCUGCCCCUCCUCCUGCCCCGACAGCAGCAGCCCAGCCCCAGGCAGCAGCGUCCAGAUCUAUGCUUCCCAAAGCGAGUCAGUCAGGCCUACGUCCCCCCGGCUUCAGCUCCAGCCGCCUCCCCGCUGGCCGCCUGGCAGCUUUCGGCUUCGUCAGGAGCUCCAGCGUCUCCUCUGUCUCAUCCGCCCACUCUGCUGACAGCACACAGAGUGACCCCUGCAGGACAGCUCACCGUCUGAGUGUGAGCGAGGAGCCUCCUCUUCAUAGGGUGACCACAGGCACUGCGCCAACAGAUCACCAGAGAGGGGCACCAUGUCGCAGCAACAGCCUCCAGCCUCCCUCCACCCCGGCCCUGCCGCGACGCUACCUGCCCCCGCAGCCAAGAAGCUCUCCUGUAGUUGGCAGGAAGGAGUUUCAGAGGAGUUCAGAGGUCACACGUUCCCUCCCGUCAUCCCCGAAGAGGCUGGCGGUGGUUCCUCCCAAACCUCAGUCCCCGGUCCAGUCUGGGCAGCGGCCUGCAGCAGCAGUGCGAGGGUCAGCUCCCCUGGGAUCCCCUCGCCGUGUGGCCCCCCUGAGGCUACAGCAAGAACAGCAGGAGAACCUGCAGAGAGAGAAGGAGGAGGCUCAACAGAAAGAGAGAGAAAGGCAAGCAGAGGAGAGAGAAAAGGAAGAGCAAAGGGAAGAGGUUCAGAGGCUGCAGGGACGCUGUGACAGGCAGGAGAGGCAGCUGAAAGCACUACGAGAUGAACUCAGGAAGACUUCUCUGGGUUUAGAAGCCUUCAUCAUUACCACUCAGCAUUAUUGCCUCAAGAAUAAAACUACAGAAGAAAAUCAAAGACAGCUGUCCUUGGAAAUGCAAAAGAUCAGAGAUGAAAUGGCAUCUAAUUCAGUGCGUUGGGAGAGACUCCAGCGGGAAAAAACAGCACUUGAGGUGGCGUUUGAGCGAGAACUACAAGAGCUCCAGCUGCAGCAGGAGACUGAGCUGGCUGCCGUGGAGGAAGGACUUCGGAAGUGUCACUCAGCAGAGACAGAGCACCUAAAGGCAGAGCACCAGUCAGAGAUGGAGGAGCUGAGGACUCACCAGCAGGAGCAGGUGGAGGAGAUGACAGUUGGCCACCAGGCAGCCAUUCAGGAGCUCAGAGACAUGCAUAACAUCACCAUGGCAACACUGCAUGAGGAGCACGCCCGCACAAUGAGAGAUCUGAGGAAAGCUCAUGAACAACAGAAGAUGCUUCUAGAGGAGGACUUUGAGAAACUCAGACUUUCUCUACAGGAUCAAGUGGAUACUCUUACAUUUCAAAACCAGAGUCUGAGGGACAAAGCCAAACGCUUUGAGGAGGCUUUGAGGAGGAGUACGGAUGAACAGAUAGUUGAUGCUUUAGCUCCAUAUCAGCACAUUGAGCAAGACCUGAAGAGCUUGAAAGAGGUCGUGGAAAUGAAGAACCAGCAGAUACACCAGCAAGAGAAGAAGAUCUCGGACCUGGAGAAAGUGCAGGCCCAAAAGAAUGUGUUCCUCGAGGAGAAGGUCCAGGUUCUGCAGCAGCAGAAUGAAGAUCUGAAGGCUCGUAUUGAAAUGAACCUGGCCUUGUCCAGGCAACUGUCAGAGGAUAACGCCAACCUCCAGGAGUCUGUCGAGAAGGAGAGCACUGAGAAGAAGCGACUGAGUCGGAACAACGAGGAGCUGCUGUGGCGUCUCCAGACCAGCCCGCUGAUGUCCCCCGCCUCCUCCCCACUGCACCGCUCCUUCUCUACCUCCCCCGUCCCCUCAUCCCCGCUUUUCUUCUCCUCACCUGUUGCAGGGUGCGACUCCCCCACUCACUGCCACGGCUGUUCCCAGCAGGCCCAAUACUCCUCUCCCUCCCACAGAGCUGCUACUAAUCAAAAUCUCUCCCCAGGACCGGCCACACCUGCUCACAGGGCAGCGGUUAAUCAGAAUUUCUCCUCCAACCCAGCCACACCCGCUCACAGGGCAGCGGUUAAUCAGAAUUCCUCCUCCAACCCAGCCACACCUGCUCACAGGGCAGCGGUUAAUCAGAAUUCCUCCUCCAACCCAGCCACACCGACACACAGGGCGUCGGCCAGUCGCUGUAACUCAAAUUCUUGUCUUAGCUCUUUACAGAGAUAAGCUCUUUCUUUAUCUGACUAAUUGCCCCUUUUUUCUUACAUAUUUUCUCUCUCCACCUCCCCUUUUGGAUGAAGAAAUAAGAACAUUUGUGGAAUUGGACACAGUAAAGUCUGCAUCAAAGGAACGCAGUAACACAAUGUUGAACUCCCCAAGCAUCAUGUUAAACACAAUUUGAUACACAGAAAUACAAUAACAUAACAUGAAUACUAGGGCACUUCAGAAAGUUCUGGCCUCACCGGGAAAAUGUCACAAGAGGAAGAUUGUUCCAUAGUCUCCAUUAACUUCAAUGCACUUUGUCCACCAGAGUUCAAGCUUCACGGUCCCUUCACGGAAGAAGGUCACAUCCUGAGCCUCCAGAUAUUCCUCAACAGCAUGCAUGACAUAUUCAUCGAUCUGAAAAUGGUGACCAUACAAGUUGGAUUUUAAUUGAGGGAAAAGACAGAAGACAGACGGGGCAGGUCUUGUGAGAAACAACAUUUAGCUGCUUCUGCCACCUGUGCUGCGUGGAUGAAUGCAUUGUCCUGGAGCAACAGCACACCAGCUUUCCUCUCCUUUUUUCUUUGAUUGCUUCAAACAUUUAAGUUUUUGUGAAUAGUGAUAUAAGGCAAUAUAGUAUACAGUUAUGCCCCAAAAUGGGCGAUAGCCUCUUGUUUCUUGGUGAGGCUGACAACUUUUUGAAAUACGCUCAGACAUACUGUAAUGUGAAAAUACAUAACAGAUGACUGCAGCUCAGCUCUUUGUCCCCAGUCCACACUUGUAUUAAUAUAGAGUCUUGAAAUGUAGAGUGUAUAUACUGUAUGAUAGUGGCACAGACAGUGUUGAAAGGUUAAACCUCCCUUUGCAUGGGUAGUCAUGAGUCCUGCACAGUACAACAGUGCAGAUGGAAAGUAGCACACUCUUGUGAAAAACACAGUCAUGUCCUUAGCAGAAUAAGCUAUGUUUUCUCACUGGGAUUAGUUUCUUGCACUCAAUUCUGUUUUAAUAAAUGGAUUGCAAUUCUAGAUUAUGAACUGAAUCAGCUUUCAAGUGAAUAUUUUUUUUUCGUUUUGUUUUUCAUCUGGAAAAAUCCUAAACAAAGCGCCUUAUACUCGGUCCUGCCACCUCACCAGCAGAGAACGACCAACGUUUUAUUUUUUAAGGACUUUGGAUAAAGAAUUGGUUUGUUAGUUAAAGUAUUAGUCAAAAGUUUUCUAAUUAGUUCCGUGCUGAUAGUUUUACUUGUGUGGGACAGCCCUCCUUGGAACCCCAGCCAUUUAACCUGCAAAAUACAAAGACCUUGAUGUUCAAAGUGUUUUGUUUUGUUUUUUUUAAAUAAAAGAAACCUUGCCAGGUCUUCCGACAGUGUCUCACCACAUGAGCUACUUUUCACUUUUGGGAUCCCUCAGGUCAACUUGCAAAAACUAUGUCUGCCAUUUUGUAUUUACCUCAGUGGGAAUGUGCAGCCUGUUGUGUUCCGUAGCUCAACAGCAAACAACAACAAAAUCACACAGCUACCAGGGAGCUCAAAGCUAAGGGGGAAACCUAGCACAGGAAUCACUGUUCUAAAUGUUGUGAAUUUCUUUAUGAUGCGAUGUUUCUAUCUAAUUUAUUUGUUACAUGUAUUUUGCUACUUAAGCAAGCAUGUACUGUGAAAGUCUUCCAGUUUUAUUGUGAAACUUUAUUAUUGCUGUGAUCUAUUUAUUAAGCUUGAGGUGUGGAGGAAAUAAAUGAUGUUCGUAACUUUGAAAAAUACCACUUAUGGGACACAAGUGGAAUUGUGAUGUGAUGUGCCCAAGGAGAAAGCAGAUAAGCUGCAGAUUAUUUGACUUGUCGUCCUCACACAUACAGCUGUAUGCAAAACAUCUAACACCCCUGGGCAAAUUGUAUGUUUUACUGAAGUUAGAAGGUGUAAAAACAACCCUUCGAGCAAAUAUUAGGCUGUCUUCAAAUGUCAGUAGGUCUUAAUUGGCUCAUUAGUAUUCGUAAGAUGAGCCGAGAAUGAAUGCAGUUUACACAUGGAUGCACAGAUUUUUGCAUACACCUGUACAUAGAUAGUGUUCAGGAGACUGUCUUAUGAUAUAUAUGUCUAUAAGCUAUGUAGGUUUUAAAAAAAAAAAAAACAAGUUAAUCCUCUGUUUACCUCUUUGUGAUGUAUUAGAUUAGUGUAGACCUUUCUGAACCUGUGUUAACCUCUUCAUAACCUCCUCUGAUGAUUCUGGUGUAUUUAUGUGAAUAACACUUUUUUAAUUCUUUCAUCAUUAUGUUCUAAACUUUGCAAACUGCACUGAAUUGUCAGUGCUCACAAAUAUAUCGUUCAGGGAAUUGUUUUCUAAAUUUAGAUUAGAAAUGCUUUCAGUUUUCUUUUGUAUAGCUUCUCAGCAGAACAUUAUACACUCUCAAGAUAUUUCCCGAGAUACUUUUUCCACAUAUAUAAGAUACACUAGAGAAAUCAACCAGUGGUUUAUAAAAAUGAGAACUAUUUUAUUGCAUACAGUAUGUUAUAUCUGCCUCCUGUACUGUACUCUACUCUACUGACUAACUUACCCUCAGGGUCUUAAUCUUUCAUCUGGCUUUGAGCAAGUCACCGCUGAAAACUACAGUUAAAAACAAUGUAAUCUCAGUGAUUUACUGACACACAAACGAAGCUACAGCUAUUCAGACUAUUAAAAUGAGCUGCUGUAAAUAGACAAGUCCAGAGAGAAAGGAUGAGAGUAAGUCUGUGUUACAUUGCAAAUGGGAGCAUGAGUUAGCGGCAGAAAACUAAUGUAAUAUUGUUAAUAGUUAAAUAGAUGCAUGAGGGGGCGGGCUGGGUGUGGGGCUUCAUUACUGAGGUCUGGCACAGAUUUUAGAAAUUUCUUACAGCGCCCAUUGUUACAUCUUCUGUUCAGUUGCUGAUGAAAAUGUAACCUUUUUACCAGCAUAUAAAGGAUGUUGUUUCUGAGUUACCAGUUUUUCAGACUUUUCAGUAGAUCUGUAAUUGCUAUACCAGCACUUUUGACGGUCUUGAUAAAAGUUUAAAAAAAAAAAAAGAAGUGAUUGUUUUCAUGGAUUUUUGAGAUUUUUUUGUAUGAUGCGAACACAGGGUUAAAUGCUCUUAAACAGAAGAAUGUCAGGUGCAGCAUAGGAUUUGAGAAAUGCAUCUCAAUUGUCACUGAUUUUGUACCUACGCCAAUGAUUUUGAGAAUGUCUUUGCAUAACGAUCAAUUGUAAGAAUAUACCAGUCAGAAAGUCACUGUGUUUUCAGACGUUUAGGAUUACAUGACCCAUGUCAUUGAAUGAUUCUUUAGGGUCCCUCCUAAAGGUCACUUCAGCUGCAACAAACCACAGUCUAAGGAUGCAACAAAAGUAUUGUUUACAAAUGACAGCGUAAAGUUACCAAUUUUCAACUCAAAUGAAUAUUUCACGUUUGAAUGGACUAUGAUUUCUAAACAAUGAACUGGUAUUGUAUUGACCCUUCAAUGUGUCCUGUGGACAUUUGUGUCUCACUAUGCGCUGAAUGUCAAAAAUGUAAUGACUGCAUUUUAUACAAGUCAGUCCUUUGAUUUUGUUUAAUAUAGAAGGACCUCUUGCCAGACCGCGAUGUAGCAGCUAUUUAAUAUGUAGCACUUGGUCGAGCCUCCCCACAAAACUAAACAUGAGUAAUGUAUUUCAUUCAUUAGGGAGUAAAACGUCCACGUUGAUAUUUAAAUGCUAUUGUAGCAAACGUUUCCAUGGCUUGUCAACUUUCAGCAUUACAAUUUGAAUUUGUGGAGGUAAGCUAUACAAUUACUCCUUUCGGAUUUUGGUCCAGAGACAAAGUUCACUGAAUUUUGUUGGUUCUGGCACUGAUUGUACGUUUGAAUGUAAAUACAUUUACAACAUGAGUUGUGUCUUAGUGCACCAACAGAGUAAUAGAAGCAUGUUUUUUUUUCUUGUCUUCGCUGUUUCUCGCUCUCCCUUUUCUCUUCUUUUACCUCUCUGCAUUCGUGAUGGUCAAGAUGUAACUGUAGCGUAGGAGACCUAGAAGACGAGGAAUGAAUAGUUCAUCAAUGUAAUGUACACACAGUAUGUUGAUGCUCUUAUCUGUACUUUUUGGGGAGAACACACUAUUAAAAUAUUUAAGAAAACUUAAGAAA